AUGGAGGAGCGGAACCAGCACCCAAUCUCACCUUCAGCCACGUCUGACACACCUCUGCGACCCUUGCGAGGCCUGGCAGGUGGCACCUGUCGCCAGGUGUUCUCCACCGACUCUAGAGACUAUCAGACGCACUUCCAGAGAGACCAAGAAACUGAAAUAUUCCUUGAGGAGGAGGAGGAGGAGGAGGAGGAGGAGGAGGAGGAGGUGGGAAAAGAGGAGAAAAAGGAAGAGGAGAACGAGGAGGACAAGGAGGAGGAAAAGGUGGUGGGAAAAGAGAAGGAAAAGGAAGAAGAGAACGAGCAGGAAAAGGUGGUGGGAAAAGAGAAGGAAAAGGAAGAAGAGAACGAGGAGGAAUACAUAGGAAUACAUAGGAAAGACGAGUGA